GCGCCGUCCCCGCGUGGGGCCCGGCUCCGGCGCGCGCGGCGCAGAGGCGGCAGGCGGGAGGGGCCAUUCGAGGUCGGGGAGCGGCGCUGCGGGAGGCCCAGCGGCCGGCUACCGGAGACAGGCGCUGGGCCGCGGAGCGCGCCUCUUGGGCUUCUCUCCCCGCUCCUGCGUUCCCCGUCCGCCGCCCCGAGAGGACCCGAGGAGGCAGGUGGCUUUCUAGAAGAUGACCAUAGAGGACCUUCCAGAUUUUCCAUUAGAAGGAAAUUCUCUGAUUGGAAGAUACCCAUUUUUAUUUCAAGGUUCCGAUACACCAGUUAUUUUUUCCAUUUCUGCAGCACCAAUGCCUUCAGACUGUGAGUUUUCUUUCUUUGAUCCUAAUGAUACAUCAUGCCAGGAAAUUCUCUUUGAUCCCAAGACUUCUGUAUCCGAAUUAUUUGCCAUUUUAAGACAAUGGGUUCCUCAGGUUCAGCAAAACAUUGACAUUAUUGGAAAUGAGAUUCUUAAGAGAGGUUGCAAUGUGAAUGACAGAGAUGGGUUGACAGAUAUGACUCUUUUACAUUAUACUUGCAAAUCUGGAGCUCAUGGUAUUGGUGAUGUCGAUACUGCUGUAAAAUUCGCAACUCAGCUUAUUGAUCUGGGAGCGGAUGUUAGUUUGCGAAGUCGCUGGACAAAUAUGAAUGCUUUGCAUUAUGCUGCUUAUUUUGAUGUCCCCGAGCUUAUAAGAGUGAUUUUGAAGACAUCUAAACCAAAAGAUGUGGAUGCCACUUGCAGUGACUUUAAUUUUGGAACAGCUCUGCAUAUUGCUGCAUAUAACUUGUGUGCGGGUACUGUGAAAUGCUUAUUGGAGCAUGGAGCAAAUCCUGCAUUUAGGAACGACAAAGGACAGAUCCCUGCAGAUGUUGUCCCAGACCCGGUUGAAAUGCCCUUAGAAAUGGCCGAUGCUGCGGCAACUGCCAAAGAAAUCAAGCAGAUGCUGCUGGAUGCGGUGCCUCUGUCAUGUGGUCUCUCAAAGCCCUUGCUUCCGAAUUAUGAUCGGGUUACCAGCAAGGCGAUGCUGACGUCACUUGGCCUGAAGUUGGGAGAUCGUGUUGUUAUUGCAGGACAGAAGGUUGGAACAUUAAGAUUUUGUGGAACAACGGAAUUUGCAAAUGGGCAAUGGGCUGGCAUUGAGUUGGAUGAACCAGAAGGAAAAAACAAUGGAAGUGUUGGCAAAGUCCAGUACUUUAAAUGCGCCCCCAAAUACGGAAUUUUUGCACCUCUUUCAAAGAUUAGUAAAGCCAAAGAUCGAAAGAAGAAUAUAGCACACACUCCCUCUGCAAAAGCUGGACCUCUCGUCAGAUCCCAGAAAAUUGAUGUGGCUCAUGUGACAUCGAAAAUAAAUACUGGAUUAAUGACUUCAAAAAAAGAUAGUACUUCAGAAUCAACACUUUCAUUGCCUCCUGGUGAAGAAUUGAAAACUGGAACAGAGAAAGAUGUUACCCUGCUGGGAUCCGUCAGCAGCUCCUCUUCUGCAUCCUCCUUGGAGCCCAAACAGAGCCAGCCCACGAAACUGAGUGCACGUGGCAAUAACAAGAAGACAAUGAGCAAAAGCCCUUCUGUCUCGUCUAGAGCCAGUGCUGGUUUGAAUUCCUCAGCAACAUCUAUAGCAAAUAGUACGAGUUGUGAAGGAGAACUCCGCCUUGGAGAUAGGGUGUUGGUGGUAGGCCAGAGAAUUGGAACCAUUAAGUUCUUUGGGACAACAAACUUUGCUCCAGGCUAUUGGUAUGGAAUAGAGCUUGAGAAACCCCACGGCAAGAAUGAUGGUUCCGUUGGAGGUGUGCAGUAUUUUAGUUGUUCCCCAAGAUAUGGAAUAUUUGCUCCCCCAUCCAGGGUUCAAAGAGUAACAGACUCCUUGGAUACGCUUUCAGAAAUUUCUUCAAAUAAACAGAAUCAUUCUUAUCCUGGUUUUAGGAGAAGUUUCAGUACAACUUCUGCUUCCUCCCAAAAAGAGAUUAACAGAAGAAAUGCUUUUGCCAAGUCCAAGCCCGCGCUGCGCCGCAGCUGGAGCAGCAGCACCACGGGCGGCCUGGAGGGGCGCGUGAAGCUGCACGAGGGCUCCCAGGUCCUCCUCACCAGCUCCAACGAGAUGGGCACCGUCAGGUACGUGGGCCCCACGGACUUUGCCUCCGGGAUCUGGCUUGGACUGGAGCUUCGAAGUGCCAAGGGGAAGAACGACGGGGCCGUGGGAGACAAGCGCUACUUCACCUGCAAGCCCAACCACGGCGUCCUCGUCAGGCCGAGCCGGGUGACCUACCGGGGAAUAAAUGGGGCAAAGCUCGUGGACGAGAACUGCUGAGUUUAACGUCUGCCGUAUCGAGUGAGCUCACGCACACGUGCAGACAUAAUAUAUGCAUAUAUAAUAUACACAGUAUAAGGUAGAGUCCAUGAAAGUUUAUUUAGCCAUUAUUUAGAAUUUCAAAACACAGUUAUCUUCAUAAAAACCAUUACAACAAUGCAGAGAGACUCCUUUAAAAGGCUAGAGGAACUGUGGGACGCACAGUCCUCUUAAACCAAUUUCAAAAUAAGCCUUUUUUUUUUUUAAUUUUUUUUAAAGCUUUAGACCCAAGAAAAAUUCUGAAACUUGGGGCAAAAUGUGCCAUUAGGUGACUGACUGAUGUUGCUGACUCUGUCUCGUUUUUGCACAGAAGGGUGGAUUUUUCAUGCGCCAUAACGGGGAAGAUUUUCACUAACUUUGGGGAACCUAAGGUGUUCUCAUGACCUUUUCCUGUCAAGUGUUUGCAGAGCUUUCCUUUCUCUUUCUGUACCAACGAGCUGUCUGCCUGGGGCAGGUUUUCUGGUCGGGGUAAAGGUGUUUGCCGCCAGUGGCCGAAGCUCCUCUUCUUACCCCGGGCACGGACUGGUUGGCUAUCCCAGCGGAGGCUAGAACAGGGUCUCCCGACCUUGGCUUGGGCUCUUUCCUCUCCACAGAGGGUGUCGUCUCAGAUUUUUCUUCUGUUUUGGUGACUUCCUCAUCCAGGUGGAAGUCGGAAACUCAGUUUCCAGGGUUAUGAAUGCGAGUCAUGAUUAGAACUUUUUGCACCUUAUUGAUUUAACUUCCUUACUGGACAUAGCUAUGAAACACACACAUAGGAAGCACUUUGAAAAGAAAAUAUAAUGCACUUUCCUCUUUGUGGAGAAUUUGCCAUCGUCUCCUCCUGGGAUAUGAAACACAUUAAAAACAUUCUAUUUAGGACACAAGAGCAAAUGAAGAUGUGUUACGAAGAAUGUAGUAGUAAUUCAUUUAAAUGUUUAUGGGUCCUCGAUUUUUUCUUUUAUUAUUCAUAAAGCUGGUGUGUGUUUGCUAUCAUUGCUGUUCUCAUAUCUUUAAUUGUUGCGGAAUUCAGCCUGUUAAAAAGUUGCAGAACUGUAUUAUGCUGUUAUUUUCUUUGUGAGCGCACGUUAACAAACUGAGCUUUGUCAUAAUAGAGCGAUGUCAUAAUGCAGGCGGUUGUGCUGUGGGUACGUAUUGAAGUUUAUGCCUAUAUAUAUAAAGAUUUAUCUUUUAUUGUAGAUAUUUAGACUCUAAACCACCAUAGAAAUAUCAGAACAGUUUGCUUUAUAAGAUUAAAGGCAUCCUUCAGAAUGGAGCUUGCUUUGUGCUUAGAAAUAAUACAUUGAACUAUUUUGCAGUAUACUAUUUAAAAUCUAAACUCCGUUGCUUUGCUGCCUUUUUUAAAAAGUGUGAAAUUUCAAAUAUUACUAGAGCUAUUUUCCUGAAAUACAUUUGCAAAAUAAGGCUGCUUUAUAAUUAAGGAAUAUUUUUGAUCGAAGAAAAUGACUGUACUGUGUUUCAAAAGUAAACUUAUUUUAUUAUACAGUUUAUUUCUUAAAAACUCUAUUUAUACGUUACCAUGAAAUCCAUGACUACACUGAAGCUGGGGGUCCGUAAUUCUUCCUGUUAAAUAUAAAACCCUGUAAGUUAGAAACAGUAAUGCCAACAGUGAAUUUAUUUUGAGGUCAGAGAACCGCUUGUUCUCAUGUUUAGAUUAGAAUCAUUAAAUCCAUGUACUGUGUAUGUCUACAUAUACUGUAUGUCAAAUGAGGUGUUUCCAGUUGUGUUUUGCUUACGUCAUUCAAAGAUCACUUCUUGAGCAUUAACAAUAAAAAGGGACGCUGUUUUGGUUUGGAAUGUUGUCAUCGACCCUGCCUGCAACUCUCCUUUUCUCAGGCACUCAGAGCACACAUGCUUUUGUAUUUAGCUUUUUUUUUUUUUUUCUUACAGUGAUGAGUUGGCUUUGUCUCAUCCCUCUAUGUAGAGUCUUAAAGGCACCCUGCUUCUAUUCCGCAAAUAAAGUGAUGUUUUCAGGCACCCUCCUCUUGUAUUGUUUUGAUGGACAGAGAGCUAUUUAAGAAAAAGAAUGUCUUUCUGUGGUUUUCUAGAACUGCUUCAUUAUCUUUUAUACCGGUGGGAUUUCGCUUGUUUAUUUAGGGGGGUAUAGAACACUUUGUGUUUAUAGAUUAAAAAAGAAUAUAUAAACAAGGAUCUACAUUCUACUAAAAGGCUUUGUUUCUGUA